AUGUUUGGUGAUGGUCCAGACAUGAUAAUAGUUACAGGGAGCAAGAACUAUGUCGACGGCGUGAGGACCUUUAAGAGCCUCACCUUCGCCACCGUCACUCUUACCGCAACUACCCCAUCAGCGGCACCAUCGACUUCAUCUUCAGCGCCGCCGCCACUGUCUUCCGGCUUCCUGACCAUGCGCCGUCCACAAGCUCACCAUGGGACCGUCGUCUUCGCCCAGAGCCGCGUCAGAGUAGAAGAGUCCACCGGCUUCAUCAGCCAGAACUGUAGCUUCGUCGCCGUCCCCGCCCUCACCGACGCCACCCCCAAGGUCCGCUGCAUCCUCGGCCGCCCGUGGAAUGCCUUCUCCACCACCAUCAUCAUGGAGUCCAACAUCAGCGGGUUCAUCGACCCCAAAGGAUACAUACCCAUGAACGGCGACAUCUACCUCAACACCUCGUCCUACUUCGAGUUCAACAACAAGGGCCUCGGUGCCGACACCUCGACGGGCAUGAAGUGGCCGGGUGUGAAGACGAUCAGCUGGGAGCAGACCAAGGCUUACACCGUCGAAGAAUUCUUUCAUGGACGGGAAUGGAUCCCGAGUUGA